AUGAGUAAAUUGCGAGAUCGUCCUCUAUACCGGGCUGUAGACAUACAACGUGAUAUAUUGUGUAACCAUGGUGUCCGGCUACCAUACAAACAAGCAUGGAUGGGUAAAGAGGUGGCAAAGGGAAUUCUCCAUGGAAGCGACGUUGCAAGUUAUGAUCUGUUGAUAUGGUAUGCAAGUUUUAAGCGUGGUUGUAGACCCAUGCUAUUCCUCGAUGGAACCCAUUUGCUAGGUAAAUAUGGUGGCAUCCUACUAGGCGCAACUGCAAAGGAUGGUAAUGAAGGUCUAUUUCAUCUAGCUUUUGCUAUUGUUGAUAAUGAAACUGAUGAUAACUGGAUGUGGUUCAUUUCCACUCUGGGUGAUGCAAUAUAUGGUGAAGAUGACUACCACAAAAUCAUUACAUUCAUUUCAGACAGUUCUAAGGGACUUGUUAAUGCUAUUGCCAAAGUCUUCCCCUCUGCCCCACAUGGCUACUGUUUGCGACAUCUCCAAGCAAACUUUUUGAAGGCUAAUGGUCACCUAGGGAAAGGAUUAAAAGAUGAGUGUUGGAGGUUGGUUGUUAAGAUUGCAUAUGCAUGCACAUCUUCAGAGUAUGAUGCAACUGUGGGUGCGUUGUCAGCGGCAUCAACACAGGCCCAUAAUUGGUUAUUUCAAAAGUCAGACAUGAUGUAUUGGUGCAAUUACUUGUUUAGAGGACAACGCUGGGGCGAGAUGUAUUCGAAUGUGGCAGAGUCUUUCAAUGCAUGGAUUAAGGAGGCACGACAUCUACCUGUCUGUAACAUGGUUAACGCGAUAAGGUUCAAGAUGAUGAACCUAAUGUACAAGCGGCGCGAGAAUAGCAUGAAAUGGGAAACCCAUCUUUGCCCGGAGAUUCACAAGAAGAUUGAAAAGACUAUUGAAGAAAGCAGAUGCUUAGUCAUAGGCCGAUCUGAUGGUGAUAUUUUUGAAGUCGUUGACAAGCAGGGCAACCAUGUCGAUUUACGUAAUAGAACUUAUUCUUGUCGUCGGUGGGAGGUGUACGGUCUUCCUUAUAACCAUGCCUGCUGCGCAAUCUUACAAACUGAUGUAAACAUUCAUCGUUACGUGGAAGGCUACUACACAGUCGUAUUGUACAAAGAAGCAUAUGAGAGUCCAAUAUUCCCUGUACCAGAUCACGACAAACCGAUGGAUGCGGGUAGACAUCUCCAUAUUCGUCCACCUAUCUCAAAGAAGAGACCCGGACGACCAAGAAAAAGGAGGAUUGAAUCACAAGCAUUUGGUGUUCGUGACUUACAUUAUAAUCGAUGCCACGAAGUUGGGCAUAACAGGGCCACAUGUAAUGAAGUAAUCACAGACUAA